CGCUGAGCGGUUGCGCCGCAUUCCUCAAGAGUCAGUUGAGCAUUGGACGUCCUCGUUAGCGGUUGCCUGUGGUGUUCUGUGCGGACGAGUGAAGCCGCUCCAGAACCAGCCACCAUCUCGUUGAGUCACUGAUGCCUUUUAACUCAAGUGCAAUUAUGCUUUAAACUGUGACAGUGAACAAAAAAAAAACAACAAAUACCCAUCAAAAACGCCCACCCAAAAUACUGGAAGUACUCGCAUAAGUGUUCAAAAAACCUAUAUCCUAGUGAAAUAAUUAGUCUGUAAAGCACGGAUACCAGUCGACAACCAAGGCCAACGAUGAGGCGCAACAGGCGGAGUCUCAGCGAAGGCUUCUCCGCGGCGCGUCUGCUGCUCGCCGGAGCGCUGCUCUGCAGCUGUGCGACGGCUACACUUGGCGUACAACGCCAGCCCAUCAACUCCGCCGGCGGACACGAGCUGCGCGGCACCACAUUUAUGCCGGCCCUGGAGUGCUACGAUCCGUAUGGCCGACCGCAGAAAUGCUUGCCCGAAUUUAUAAAUGCUGCCUACCAAUUGCAAAUCGAAUCGACGAAUACCUGCGGUGAGCAGGGGGAUAAUCACUUCUGUAUGCAGACCAUGAAUCCGAAUCACAAAAACUGCGCCUUCUGCAGAUAUGAAGACCACAAGCCCACAUACUUGACGGACUUGCAUGAUCCACAGAAUCCCACCUGGUGGCAAUCGGAGACAAUGCUGGAGGGCAUACAACAUCCCAACCAUGUGAAUCUAACGCUGCAUUUGCGUAAAUCCUACGACAUAACUUACGUGCGCAUUCUCUUCCGUUCGCCACGUCCCGAGUCCUUUACGAUUUACAAACGCACCUCGGAGAACGGCCCCUGGAUACCCUACCAGUUCUACAGUGCCGCCUGUCGGGACACCUACUAUCUGCCCGAUUCGCGUGCUAUUCGCAAGGGCGAGGGCGAGGCUCACGCCCUCUGCACCAGCGAAUACAGCGACAUCUCUCCGCUGCGUGACGGUGAAAUUGCCUUCUCCACGCUCGAGGGUCGCCCGAGCGGCAUCAAUUUUGAGCGCAGUGCGGAGCUGCAGGAGUGGGUAACAGCCACCGACAUUCGCAUCACACUGGAUCGCCUAAAUACCUUCGGUGACGAGCUGUUCGGCGAUUCCCAAGUACUGAAGUCCUACUUCUAUGCCAUCAGCGAUAUUGCGGUGGGUGCGCGCUGCAAGUGCAACGGACAUGCCAGCAAGUGUGUGGCCAGCACUGGAAUGCAUGGGGAGCGUACACUGGUCUGCGAGUGUCGCCAUAAUACAGACGGGCCCGACUGUGAUCGCUGCUUGCCGCUCUACAAUGACGUCAAGUGGAAGAGGGCAACCUCAACCGAAGUGAACGAGUGCAAAGCUUGCAACUGCAACGGGUUUGCGGACAAAUGCUACUUCGAUGCGAAUCUAUUCAAUCAGACGGGUCACGGCGGCCACUGCCUGGAUUGUCGCGACAAUCGUGAUGGACCCAACUGCGAGCGCUGCAAGGAGAACUUCUAUAUGCGCGACAACGCCUACUGCAUCAACUGUGGCUGCGAUCCCGUCGGCUCCCGUUCGCUGCAGUGCAACAGCCAGGGCAAGUGCCAGUGCAAGCCCGGUGUGACAGGCGACAAGUGCGAUCGAUGCGCCAACAACUACUUCCAGUUCGGGCCCCAUGGAUGCCAGCCAUGUGGCUGCGAUCCGCGCGGCUCCCAUGACAAUACGCCAGCCUGCGAUGCCGAGAGCGGCAUUUGCUUCUGCAAGGAGAACGUCGAGGGCAGGCGCUGCAACGAAUGCAAGCCGGGCUUCUUCAAUCUGGAUAAGAGCAAUCGCUUUGGUUGCACGCCCUGUUUCUGUUAUGGCCACACCUCCGAGUGCCAGACCGCACCCGGCUACUCCAUUGUCUCCGUCACCUCCAGCUUCAACAAGCACAAGGAACGCUGGACAGCAAUUGAUCUGAAUCGCCGUGACGUGGAUAUCAAAUACAAUCAGUAUAGUCGCAGCAUUGGCACCACAGCUCAGGGCAAUGAAUACGUAUAUUUCCAGGCGCCGGAUCGCUUCCUGGGCGAUCAGCGUGCCUCCUACAAUCGCGACCUUAAGUUCAAGCUGCAGCUCGUGGGUCAGGUGGGACCCAGCAGCAGUGCCAGCGAUGUCAUCCUUGAAGGCGCCGGCAGCAAAAUCUCACUACCCAUUUUUGCCCAGGGCAACGGCAUACCGGACCAGGGUGUCAAGGAGUACACUUUCCGUUUGCAUGAACAUCACGACUAUCAGUGGCAGCCCAGCCAGUCGGCGCGAGGCUUUCUCUCGAUACUAUCCAAUCUGACGGCUAUAAAGAUCAGGGCCACCUAUUCCGUGCAGGGCGAGGCCAAUCUGGACGAUGUGGAGCUGCAAACGGCGCACAGGGGCGCUGCCGGGCAACCGGCAACCUGGAUUGAGCAGUGCACCUGCCCCGAGGGCUAUCUGGGCCAGUUCUGCGAGUCCUGCGCGCCACGCUAUCGCCACAGUCCGGCACGUGGCGGACCCUUUAUGCCCUGCAUACCUUGCGACUGUCAUGGCCAUGCGGAUAUCUGUGAUUCGGAAACGGGCAGCUGCAUCUGCCAGCACAACACACAGGGCGAUAACUGUGACCAGUGCGCUAAGGGCUACUAUGGCAACGCCUUGGGCGGCACACCCUAUGACUGCAAGCGCUGUCCCUGCCCCAACGAUGGUGCCUGCCUGCAAAUUAACGGCGACACGGUCAUCUGCACAGAAUGCCCCGUGGGCUACUUUGGCUCCCGCUGCGAACAGUGUAGCGACGGCUUCUAUGGAGAUCCCACUGGCCUGCUCGGCGAGGUGCAGACCUGCAAGAGCUGCGACUGCAAUGGCAAUGUCGAUCCCAAUGCGGUGGGCAACUGCAAUCGCACCAGCGGCGAGUGCUUGAAGUGCAUCCAUAACACAGCUGGCGAACACUGUGACCAAUGCUUGCCCGGACACUUUGGUGAUCCGCUGGCCCUGCCCCACGGCAAGUGCGAUCGCUGUAGCUGCUAUGCCGCCGGUACCGAGCAGGACGAGCAGAGCAUCUCGCGCUGCGACCAGGUCACUGGCCAGUGCCAGUGCAAGCCUAAUGUGAUUGGACGCGACUGCGGCGAGUGUCAGCCCGGCUACUUUAAUAUACGAUCCGGCAAUGGCUGCGAGAACUGUCUGUGCGAUCCUGUCGGCAGCUACAAUUCCACAUGCGACAGGUAUACGGGCCAGUGCCACUGCAAGCCGGGCGUCGUGGGCGUGCGCUGUGACCAGUGCGCCAACUACUUCUUUGGCUUCUCUGUGGAGGGCUGCAAGCCGUGCGAGUGCGACGAGAGCGGCUCCAAGGGCUUCCAGUGCGAUCAGAAUGGCCAGUGUCCAUGUAAUGACAAUGUGGAGGGACGUCGCUGCGAUCGCUGCAAGGAGAACAAAUACGAUCGCCAUCGUGGCUGUGUGGACUGUCCGGAUUGUUACAAUCUGGUGCAGGAGGCGGCCAAUUUGCAUCGCGCCAAGCUAGCCAAUUUGAGCUCUACUCUGGACGAGAUCGCACGCACGCCAGUGACCAACGAUGAGGAGUUCGAGGGCAAGUUGAAGGCAGUGCAGGAGAAGGUGGCCAUUUUGGCACAGGAUGCGCGCUCCGGUUCUGGCGAAGGCGGCCAAACUUAUGUUGAGGUCAUCAACGAUCUGCACAAGCGCCUGGAUAGCAUGCGCAGUCAUUUGGUAAGUGCCGAUGCACUUCAGCAGGAUGCCAACGCGGAAAUCGCCAAGGCACGCAGCAAUUACACGCAGCUGCACAAGAUCAUCGAUGAUGCCAAAAAGGAGCUGCAGGAGGCAUUGGAUCUGCUCAAUGAUGAGGGUGCGCAGGCCUUGGCCAAGGCCCAGAACAAGUCCGUGGAGUUUGGCGAACAGUCCGAGCAGAUAUCGGACAUUUCACGCGAGGCACGUGCUCUUGCCGAUCGCCUCGAGUCGGAGGCGCAGUUCGAUCUAAAGAACGCCAAGGACGCCAAAGAUGCUGUUGAGAAGGCCCAUCUGCUGGCCAAGAAUGCCAUCGACUUGCAGCAAAAGGUCGGCGUUGAGCUUCGCUCUGAAGUGCGCCUCGAACUGAAUCAGGUCAAGCAAUCCCUGGGCACUGUCGUCCAAACCUCGAAGGAGGCGCUGCGCAAGGCCAACGAGGUGUACGAUGCGGCCCUCACGCUGCUCAACGAUGUGAACCGACAAACCCAGCCGGACAUUGACAUCAACAAGCUGAAGAAGGAGGCCGUGUCCGCCAAUGAGCGCGCCGAUGACCUGCUCAAGCAGAUCAACGAGUUAUCCAACAGCAAUGGCGAGGUCUUUGCCGAUUUUGAGGCAGAAAGUAGUUUUGCCCAGGUACUUCUCGAACGCGCCGAUGCACAAAAGAAGGAUGACAUCGAGCUCUUGGAGCGCGCCAAGGCUGCCCACGAACGCGCCACCAAGGCGGUACAGCAGGGCGACAGUACACUCAAGGAAGCCAACGAUACCUACAACACUCUGGCCGGCUUUCAGUCGGAUGUGCAGAGAUCUUCGGAGAAGGCUGCCUUAGCAUUGCAAACGGUGCCCAGCAUCGAGAUGGAAAUUGAGAAUGCUGGCAAUCUGAUUCGCCAAGCUGGUGAGGCUCUAGAGGGUGCCAACAAGAAUGCCAAUGAGGCCAAGAGCAAUGCCCAGGAAGCGCAAGAGAAGUAUGCCGAACAGGCCUCUAAGGAUGCCGAACUGAUCCGCCGCACGGCAAAUGAGACCAAGGUCGCUGCCCGCAAGCUACGCGACGAGGCUGACCAGCUGAAUCAUCGCGUGAAGCUGACUGAAAUGAAUAUCUUCAAUCUGGAGGAUAAUUCAACCAAAGAUGACAAUCUCGUGGAUGAUGCCAAGCGCAAGGUGGGUCAGGCCAAGGCUGACACGCAGGAGGCACAAAAACAAAUUGAAAAGGCCAACGCAGAGCUGACAGCGAUCAAGGACGAGCUGGAGAACUUGAGGGACAUCAACACAGAUGAUUUGGAUAAAUUGGAAAAUCGCCUCACUGUCGUGGAGAGCGACAUCAAUCGAGUGAAUCUAACUGGGCGCAUUGAGAAGUACCGAGAACAGCGCAAUAUCCAAAAGAAAUUAAUUGACAAAUACGAAGCAGAGUUGGCCGAUUUAUCCGGUGAGGUGGAUAAUAUACGUUUAAUAUCUGAAGCACUGCCAAGUGGUUGCUUUAGGCGCAAUCGCCUGGAGCCCUAGACAUACAUACCCUAACUAAGUGCACUACCAACUACCGACUACUUCAAUUAACAUCUAAGUACGAGGCGAAUACGAACAAAUCGGAAUUAGCCGUAGCCGUUGAAUGAAAUUAUGUAAUUUUAGUCUUUUAGCAGAAAUAUUUUGUUUAGUGAAAAAAACGAUAAACGAAAACCAGAAAACAAAAACAAAAACAAAAACCAAGAAAUGAACAAAAAACAUUGAGAGACGUUAAGCUUUAAAGCAUCGUUCAUAUAUUAACAAAAUAAUGUGAUGCAACAAAUUUCUUAACUGCCAAUUGUGCUUUAAAUUCAAGCCAGCCAUGGACGACUGUAUUAUACUACUAUAUAUUGAAAACUGUGCCGUGUACAACUCCAAAUCAAUUGCAUUUCUAUAUCUCCCCCAUAUGGUUAUUCCAUAUUGCAAUCUAUACAUUAUUAACAUAUUUGUCAACUACGUUUAAUGUGCCAAUUACAAUAUUUUUUUCGUGUUUAAGUCGCCUAAUGAAUUUCACCUUAAAAUAAA